AUGGGGCGACCAGUAAGAGCAGCCCGACAGAAGGCGAUAGAGAGAGUACAGUCUAAAAGUAGACAAGACAAUCAGAAUGUAUUCGACUCAGGUAGUGAUGAGGGGGGUGAUCUCACUGGGAUACUGCCAUCCGAAACUGACAGCGAUUCCGACAGGUACGCCAACAGCGACGAUGAAUACAAGAUAUCUAAAGAAGAGAAGCUUGAGUUAGAACGAGAGGAUGACGAAGAGGUAUUGGAUAGCAUGGAUGACGAAGUAAGUGAAAGCGAGUUGCAUGAGGUUAGGAAGAGAUCUCGCAAGAUUGUCAAGGGGAAAGAUGCGGAAGUUGAUGUGGGGGAAGGUGAUUCCGACGAGGUAUGA